GAAAGGAGCACCGCGGCGAGUUCACUCGUAGGAAGCGCGCGGCUGGCGCAUCCCUCCCAGGGAGCCCGUCUGGCUGCUCCAGAAGGGAGGGCGCAGGCAAAGGAGGCCUCGGACGCCUGAGGCCCAGCGGCCUGUCCCCUCCCGGCGUCCCCGGCUGCCCUCGCUCCCAGACAACGCCGUCUCAUUUGCGGCCUUCCGACGCGUGACCCCGGCGCGCUCGCGUCCCGGACCGGUGACAGGUGCGGCCCGUCAAGCGGUCCCAUGUGCCCCCUCCUGCUCGCGGCUGCCGCAGUCGCCGCGCCCCGAACCCCACUCCGGCUCGUCGGCAGAGGGCUCGUCGCCGCCAUGUCUACCGCCAAGCCACUCAAAUCUGUGGACUACGAGGUGUUCGGGAGAGUGCAGGGUGUUUGCUUCAGAAUGUACACAGAAGGCGAAGCUCGGAAAAUAGGAGUGGUUGGCUGGGUGAAGAACACCAGCAAAGGCACUGUGACAGGACAAGUGCAAGGCCCUGAAGAGAAAGUCAAUUCCAUGUGA